AUGUCUCCACUCGGAUUUGGGAUUGCGCAUUGCCGGCGCCGGACCACAUUUCACCACCGCCAACAGCCCCAAAUUUCCCUGCGCCGUUAUGCUAUUGUGCGCCCCAAGCGCACGGAUCAAGUUAGCCUUGGGCGGAGAAGGAAGCAGACAAUCAAAGCGAUGAGAGCCGUGGUCCAGCGCGUGGCCUCCGCGAGCGUUGAGGUGGAAGGCCGGACGGUGUCGGCGAUCGGGCCGGGCCUGCUUGUUCUAAUCGGGCUUCACGAGACCGAUGUGGAUUCCGAUGCCGAGUACAUAUGCCGCAAGGUGUUGAACAUGAGAUUGUUUCCAAAUGACAAUAAUGGAAAAACUUGGGACCAAAGUGUUGUGCAAAGAAAUUAUGAAGUUCUUUUAGUGAGUCAGUUCACGUUAUUUGGGAUUUUGAAAGGAAACAAACCAGAUUUUCACGUGGCAAUGCCUCCGGAUGUGGCAAAACCAUUUUAUGCUUCCGUGGUCGAAAAAUUUCAGAAAGCUUACCGAGUAGAUGCAGUUAAAGAUGGUGUGUUUGGAGCCAUGAUGAAAGUCAACUUGGUUAACGAUGGGCCAGUGACAAUGCAGCUCGACUCCAGGCAAUUGUCAAAGAAUUCAAAUGGUGAAGCAAAAGGUUCAUAA